GUGCGCGUGCGCGCGAGGGAGGGAGGGAGGGAGAUGAAGCUGAUGUAGUCUCUUCUGCUGCUGGAGCUGGAGCUCACAGUCUGUCUGAGAGUCUCGAGCUCGUGUGAGUCUCUGGAUCUGUUGUUCCCGGAGCGCGGAGCGCAGAUCGCGUCGCGUCGCGGCAGGCGUUUGUCAGAGAUGCUCGUGUUUUAGACGCAUCCAGCAUCAGUUUCCGUCGCGCUGAAAGGAAUGAGAGCAGAGCAUCAAUGUUUCACUGGGGCAAGUGGAAGAAGAGGAUGGGAGCGAACAGUUCAUCCAAGAGACCAGUGUUCGACGACAAAGAGGAUGUGAACUUCGACCACUUCCAGAUUCUGCGGGCCAUCGGGAAAGGGAGCUUUGGGAAGGUGUGCAUCGUGCAGAAGAGGGACACGGAGAAGAUGUACGCCAUGAAGUACAUGAACAAGCAGCAGUGCAUCGAGCGGGACGAGGUCCGGAACGUCUUUAGAGAGCUUGAGAUCCUUCAGGAGAUUGAACAUGUGUUUUUAGUAAACCUCUGGUACUCGUUCCAGGACGAGGAGGACAUGUUCAUGGUGGUGGAUCUGCUGUUAGGAGGAGAUCUGCGCUAUCAUCUGCAGCAGAACGUGCAGUUCACCGAGGAUGCGGUCAAACUCUACCUGUGUGAGAUGACACUGGUGCUGGAUUACCUGCAGAGCCAGCACAUCAUACACAGGGACAUCAAACCAGACAACAUCCUCCUGGACGAGCAAGGUCAUGCGCAUUUAACAGACUUUAACAUCGCUACCAUAAUCAAGGACGGUGAACGAGCCACGGCGUUAGCGGGUACAAAGCCUUACAUGGCUCCAGAGAUCUUCCAGUCGUUCGUGAGCGGGGGAACAGGUUAUGCGUUCGAGGUGGACUGGUGGUCGCUGGGCGUGACAGUCUUUGAGGUUCUGCGAAGCUGGAGGCCGUACGACAUCCACGCCAGUAACUCAGUGGAGUGUCUUCUGCAGUUGUUCAGUACGGUCAGUGUUCAGUACAGCUCCUCCUGGAACAAAGACCUGGUCUCGCUGCUGAGGAAGUUAUUGACAGUAAACCCAGAGCAUCGCUUCUGUAGUCUGGCUCAGAUGCAGACGGCACCCUACCUCUCCGAUGUCAACUGGGACGACGUUUACGAGAAGAAGAUGGAGCCCGGCUUUGUUCCCAAUAAGGGUCGUCUGCACUGCGAUCCCACCUUUGAACUGGAGGAGAUGAUCCUGGAGUCUCGACCUCUUCAUAAGAAGAAGAAGCGACUGGCCAAAAACAGAUCGAGAGACAACAGCAAAGACUCUCAGUCUGAGAACGACUAUCUUCAGGAGUGCCUUGAAGUCGUCCAGCAAGAGUUCAUGAUUUUCAACCGUGAAAAAUUGAAGCGCCGUCAGGAGGAGGGCUGUAUGGGAGCAGACGGAGACGCCGAUCCAGACGGAGACGAGGCCGAGGCCGAGGGAGGAACGGAGGACGAGGAGACCGAGGCUGAACCAGAGGCCUCCAAACUGAGCAUGUGCGGCUCGGUCUGCUCGUCUCCAGGAAGCUGCUAGCGCCCCCUGCUGUCUCGGAGCUGCUCCUCGAGAUCCCAGCCCUGCUUCCUUCCUCUCCAUCGCUCCUAGAGAACAUCUGAACUUCUAUGCAACGUAACUCUUCAGCAUGAUGUAAAAUAGAGAUUUUAGAGGCAAUUCUACAAUGUAAGACUGUUUGCUUGAGUAUGACAACACCACAUCAGACACACCAGACGACGGAGGAGAUUUAGGAUUUAUGUUUACAUACGUGACCACAAAAUCAGUCAGAAGGGAAACUGAGAUCUCUGCAUCAUCUGAAGCUGAAUAAAUGAUCUCUCCAGUGAUGUGUGGUUUGUUCGGAGGACAAUAUCCGUCUGAGAUACAACUAUUUGAGAAUCUGGAAUCUGAGGGAGCAAAAACAUCUAAAUAUUGAGAAAAUCAUCUAUAAAGUUGUUCAGUUGAAGUUCUUAGCAAUGCAUAUUACUAAUCAAACAUUAAGAUUUUAUAUAUUUAUGGUAGGAAAAACUUCAGGACUAGUUAACAGUAUUUGUUAUUAAAAAUAUCUUAUAUCUUAAUAUCUUAAACACUUUUAAAAGCUGCACAAGUAGGCCUGUUAGAAAUCAAGCAGAUGUUCUUCUUCCUUGAUAAAUUAUUUAAUUGACUACAAUCUUCUUGAUUUCCAGAAGAAAUAUCUGAUUGUUAAAUCAUGACACAUUUUCUGGGGAUACAAAAUGACAAAAACAGUAUCAAAAUGAGUUUAAGACAAGACAAAUUAUCUGUCUGAAAUACAAUUUUGUUUCGUCUUUAGAAUUAAGUUGAUUUUCUGAUAUUUCAUUUGUUUUAAGCUUUAUUUCUAUAUCUGUGCAUUUGAGAUGUCUGACUUUUCCCAGCACUUUAAAGCAGAAGAUCCUCUGUUGAAUUCAGUCGGAUCUGGAGACUGUAGAAAUGAAAAAGACAUGGACUGAUGUGUUUACAGUGAGAUGAAUUAUUAAUUUGCUGUCUUUUAGAAGAAGCAUGACACUGAAGGGCUCAUCACCCUUUUACUGUAAAUAUCCAGAAGUCUUAGUUUCUACAUGAAUCAUGAUUUAAUACUUACAGUUUAGGAGAACAGAUCUUACU